ACCUGUCAAAAUUUUUUUUAGGUUAUGUCGUUUUAUAUAUUUGCUUGUUUUCCUCAGUUUCAUUUUUCAUUUUUAUCACGUAGUUUUUUAUCAAACAUAUUGUGAUUCCAAAGAUGAAAUGAAACAAUUAUUUUUUCAUUACAAAUACAAUAAUCAAUUGUUACAAGAAAAAUGAAUAGUUUAGGUUUGAGUUUAAUUUUCAAAAUGGGUUGCAUUUGCGCCAAAGAAACUUGUACAAUAAAUGCAAGAAAAUACACAAUUCGCGAACAUCUUGCUGAGGGAGGAUUUAGUACAGUAUCGUUAGCGGAGGAUUCUCUCUCUCACAAAAAGUAUGCAAUUAAAAAAAUUAUUUGUCACGGUUUCGAGGAUCAACGACUUGCGCUUAAAGAAAUUGAAUAUCACACAAUUCUGAAACAUCCAAAUAUUAUUGAAUGCAUUGACUCGACACAACAAGGAAGCGCCGAUCCGGUUUUAAAUAUAACCAGUGAAGUUUUAUUAGUCCUUCCUUAUUAUCACAAAGGAAGUUUAGCAAAUGAACUUGAGAGGAGAGCAAGGAUCAAUGACUAUUUAAGUCCUCUCGAGAUAUUGCAUAUGUUUUUACAAAUUUGCGAGGCAGUUAAAGUCUUUCACGAGGCGAAACCAGAAGCACUCGCCCAUCGUGACUUAAAGACUGCAAAUAUUCUUCUUGGCGAUGGAAUGACGCCAAUUAUCAUGGACCUAGGUUCUGUAGCGCCUGCAAGAGUGAAAGUUUGCGGCAAUCAAGAGGCACAAACUCUUCAAGAUUUAGCAGCCGAAAGAUGUUCAAUGCCUUACAGAGCCCCUGAAUUAUUUAAUGUGGAAAGUUAUUGUAUGGUUGAUGAACGAACUGACAUUUGGUCUCUUGGCUGUAUUUUGUAUGCACUUUGUUACUUUAAAUCGCCAUUCGAUUCUGUCCAUGAAAGAGGUGAUAGUGUCGCUCUCGCUGUUAUCAGUGCGAAUAUUAAUUUUCCGGAAAAUUCACCUUACAACGAAGAUAUGAAAGACUUAAUACUUUCGAUGUUAAAAUCGAAUCCAAUGGAACGUCCAUAUAUUUAUAGUGUUAUUGAAAAUGUCCUCGACGUAAUAUCGAAAUUAGAAGGAAGGGUAUAAUUUUUAUUUUCAUUUUUAUUAAUUCAUUAAUUAAUUCUAAAAAACAAAUUGUAUUUUACAGUUCAAAGAGAGGUAUUUUUAAUUUGUUUUUUGCAAAAUUUACAGUAUUUCCUUUUGUUCAAUUAAUAAGGAGUUUUUUUGUAUUAUUUUUUCGUUGAUUUUAAAUUCUUUAAAACAAUUACUAAAUCGUUUCGAAAGAAUUUUCUUUAGGGUUAAUUUUUGAUGUGCAAUCUGUUAAAUUUUUUUUAACACCACUUGUUGCUUCCUCAGGGAAUAUUUUUAUUUGUUUUCACAAAGAAUUUUUUUUUGUCGAAAUUAGUACAUUUUUUAUUUUUUAAUAUCAUUUUAUAAAUAAUAAUAAUUAAAGGGAAUGGAUGUAAAUGUUUUAUUAAGUAUGCAUAUA